AAACACGCGUCGCGCACACACACACACACACACAGAGACACACACAUGUGGGUAUGGCGUCCAGUGCGGUGGCGUACGCUGCGCUCAUGAUCGGCUCCAGCGCCUGCUCGGUGUGCGGCAAUUCCAUGCUUCUCCUGGUGUCGCUCCUCAACAAGAACCUGCGCACGGACACCUGGCCGCUCACCUGCAGCUUCUGCCUGUGCGACCUGGCCCUGGGCCUGUCCAUCAUGCCCUUGAGCGCCCACACCAGCAUAUUGCGGCCCACCGAGGGCUACCCUAGUGAGGGCACGCUCUGCCAGGCCUCUGCCUUCAUAUUUGUCCUGCUCCAGCUGGCCUCUGUCCACUCACUCACCUGGGUCACCGUGGACAAGUUCACCGAGAUCUGCUUCGCGCUGAGCUACGCCCGCGUGUUCACCGCGCGCCGCGCCUGGGCCGUGCUCGUUGCCGUCUGGAGCUACUGCCUGCUCAUCGGCGCGCUGCCGCUGGUGGGCUUCGGCAACUACGGCUACAGCGCCGGACGCUACGUGUGCGCGCCCAGCUUCCGCAGCUCGUGCAUGGGCUUCAACGUGCUCUUCGUCGGCCUGGGCAUCAUCGCGCCCAUCCUGGCCAUGUGCUGCCUGUACGGCUACAUCGUCUACGUGGCCAAGAAGCAGGCCCGCCGCGGCACCUUCGUCUGCAACGAGCAGCACUGCUUCUACGUGCCCGCCAACAACUACCUCCGCAGCUCCGUCGUCAUGAUCGCCACCGUAGUGUGUCUGUUGGUGUGCUGGAUGCCCUACAUCGUGAUCUGUUUCUACGAAUCACUAACGGGGAGGGAGAGCCCUGAGCCCGUCUCUGCUGUGGCCACAUGGCUGAUGCUCUUCACCUCCGCACUGAACCCCUGGAUCAACUCAAUGACUCAAACACGCUACCGGGCGGCCCUGUGGCUUAGUCUGACCAAGCUGCGCCAGACGUUCCAGCAGCGGCGCAAGACCUCCCUGUCUCAGGUAAUGACCACCCAGCCGGCCAGCGCUAGAGAGAGCUGCUCGUCCGCACCACCACCGCCCCCCUCCGGCCAACCACGAGCGCCCACAGGCCCUUCCCAGCAUCCCACGGGGCAUGAGCAUCAGCACAAACCCAGCACAUGAGCAUGAGCAUGAGCCCAGUA